CACUUUCAAAGUUAGUAGCAGUGCUGGAGGCAGGCUGAGACUUUCUCAUUAAACCCAUUCCAGAAGAGGCAUUCAAAUGCCCAUUCUUCUUGGCAGCAUUAUUUGUCCUCCUUACUAAGAAUAUUCUCCUAAUCGAGGAAUGGGUUAGAAACCUGCUGUUUUCAUCGCCUGCAGCCACACCCUUGGAUGCUGACCACGAGAACAACCAGGUGCAAAUCGUGUCUGGAGCCAGAUCGUGUAGGUGCACUAAGGAGACCAGGAGCUUGGCCCAGAAACCCCCUUGGCUCAACCUGGAUGCGUGCUCCAUGUUCUGCUCUGAAGAAGAUGGCAGGUUUUCCUGGCCUCUUUCCUGCUGAUGUUCUCCCCGCUCUCCUUCUCUGGGUGUCCAUGUGGGGCUCCCCAGUGUCCGGGUUUUCUGUGAUGGGACCAGCUCAGCCCAUCAAGGUCUCACUAGGAGCAGAUGCCACUCUGCCCUGCCAGUUGUCCUCUGAGCAGAGUGCAGCCCACAUGCAGAUCCGAUGGUACCGAACCCAGCUCUCCCCGGCGGUGCUCGUGUACCAGGAUGGGCAGGAACAGGACGGGGAGCAAAUGCUGGAGUACCGUGGUAGGACAGAGUUGGUGGAGGACUCCAUCGGCAGAGGGGCUGUGGCCCUGCUGAUCCAACACGUUCGUGCCUCUGAUGAUGGCCAGUAUUGGUGUCAUUUUAAUGAUGGUCACAUCUCCCGGGAAGCUGUUGUGGAGCUGCAUGUGAUAGGCUUGGGCUCUGCCCCUCAUGUUCGCAUGAUGGGGCCUGAGGAUCACGGGAUCCAAGUUCUGUGCUCCUCAGGUGGCUGGUUCCCCAAACCCAGGGUGCAGUGGAGUGACAUGGCGGGAGAGAAGCUACUAUCCCUCUCUGAAUCUCAGACUCAAGAUGGAGAUGGGCUCUUCCAUGUAGAGGCAUCUCUUGUGGUCACAGACAGCUCUCUGGGCAAUGUGACCUGCUCUAUCCAGAACCCUGUCUCUGGCCAGGAGAAAGCAUCAGCCAUCUUCCUUCCAGGUCAGUCAGGCACAAACCCCGAGGCAGAGCUGGGUGUCUUCCCAGCAGGGAGGAGUGAAGGAGGGCUGAAGGGAGCCUUGGAGAGUGGGUGGGGCUUCCUCCAGGUUCGUCUCUCACUGUGUCUCCACAUGCCUGUGUCAGAGCCCUUCUUCCCCAGAACGUCUCCAUGGAAGACAGCCCUGGCUGGGACACUCCCUGUGCUGGUGCUUCUCCUCAUCGGGAUCAGCUACAUUGGCUGGAAAGAACAUAAAGCCAAAAACGGAGAAGUAGAGAAAAGGAAGAAAGCAUCUGAUGAAAGAGACAAGGUGGCGAGAGAAAAGGAAGAGGCACAUUCAUUCAAAAGGAAGCUUGCGGAAGAUCUCAAACAACGAAAGGCAUUAUACAAUAAAGACUGGAAGAAGGCCCUGAUAUAUCCUGACUGGAGGAAGGAACAGUUUGAACGUGUUCUUGUGACUGAAAAUCAUGAAAAUGUUCAUCAGAACAAUUCUGACUUCGGAAAGGAACCUCAGGCAGUAUUAUGUAAAAAGCAAGGAGGUGGCAACCUUCUCAAACUUGAUCAGAAAGGAUUCACUAAGGGGAGAUAUUACUGGGAGGUGGACAUUGAGGACACUGAUGAAUGGACUCUAGGCAUUUAUGAGGAGCCCACAGAGAAGAGUGGGCUACUCAGUGAUCUAGAGAAGAUGAAGUUCAACGUCUUAGAGAAGAAGGGAUGUGAAUACAGGGCUCUCACUUGUUCUCGCCGAGGCAUUUUCCACAAAGAGUCUCUCCUGAUUGAAAAGUGUCCACUAAAGAUUGUGAUUUUCUUGGAUUAUGAGGAUAGUGACAUUUCUUUCUAUAACAUGACUGAUGAAACCCACAUCUUCUCCUUCACCCACGCCAACUUCUCUGGGUCAGUCUAUCCUUACUUCAAACUGAAAUCCAUGGAGUUCUCCCCAUCUGCAUGAUAUUGAGUGACUUAGAAUAAGAACCUAGAAAUUGUGAAGAUAGUAGCCCAUUUUUUGUAAACCCAAGGAUUCCAGUCUUGACGGGUGUCCUCAGGACCACCGAUUAUGAGGCCUCUUGAUUUAAGUCUCCAUGAAUCUGCAUGACCAAAGUUUCCAGCCACAUCAAGCAGUGUUUCUCAAAUAAUUUGCAGAGAAGAAUCUUUUCCACAUCUUGUGGUUGUUGUAAAUAUUUUUUGCAUUGUAUAUUAUAUAUCACAGACAUACUUUUCUGAAUAAACUACUGGAAAUGAU